GGUAACCAGACCUCCCCUCCCUUGCCUAUACGAGAUGGAUACUAUGGAGCUAUUGUACUGGGUAAAGAAUACGUGGACUGUACUGACAUGUACACUGUGUUCCUAAAUUAAAUUGUGCGCAGCGGGUGAAGCAAGUCACAUCAUAUAUACAAGAAAUGUUCCCUACAAAACUUUGAUCAGCGGGCGUCAUAUGCCACUAGAGACAGAAUGGAUAAACCCCGGAAGAAUCUCGCUGAGACGACUAUCCUCUCCGGCAAAGCUUGCAUGGGGAUACCCCGAAAUCAACAGAAAAGAAAAGAAUAAAAGAAACCCCCCAAAAAAAGAAAUUAAAGUCUGAUCAAAAGCGGCUCACUGACCGAGACAAUCCAGCCACAAACUCAUGAAGUAAUACGUAUUAUGACCCUGAGGGCUAGUCUAACAAACAAGCUGAUACGUACUUGUCAACGGAAAGCUAUCUGGAAUCCACUCCGGUUGAAGGUCUGCGGGAAAAAGCCCCACACCAUCAAUUGUAUGCGCCUCGACUGCAAGGGCCUGAAAGACAAAGUACUAGCGGCUGCUGCUGCUCUCCCUCUCAUAAUCGUCAUAUCAUCCAUACGACAAGCACAAGGGGGCAAGGGAAAAACUUAAGAAGGGCAGUAUAAGCAAGGGUCCGAACUUGGGGCAAAGGUGACCAACAUACGGAAUUGUAAUGAGGACCAUUCUUGGGCCAAAGUUGGCCUUUUGUUUCGUUGGCGUGGAUUGUCGCUUCAACACGCUUCCUCUCUAAUCACCGCUCCUCAACAGUUGAACCAUUCAAAUCCGGCAAAGGAUUGCAUUAGCCUCCGUAUCAUGGUUCGCCAGUCCAAAUUAAGCCUCUUUUGCUUAAGCAUAUCUGUACUAGCUCCUCUCUUGGCAUCUAGGAAUGGUCUUGUUCAAAUGCCGAACUUGGAGUAUCGUACUUUCCCC